AGCCGCUAGUCAGCGCUGGGUGUCACAAAAUCAGAGAGACUCGGGACUCCGAACUUCUCCGGGUGAUCAGUGUGGGUUGCCACUUCGUCGAAUAGGGAGCUUUGAUAGUGGUCUUUCUGGAGUGCGUGCAUGCCGCACGCUGACGUGAACUAUUACAUUGUUUUUUAGAUUAUUUUCCCCGAGUGAUUUCUAAAUUUGAAUCGGCAUGGAUCACCGGACAGGUUCAUUUGGAUACGUAGGGAUGCUGUUAUUUAGUCUCUUCGCUGUUCUGCCAGUGGUCAAAAGUCUGGAAAUCCUAGAUAUAGAAGGACCAGGCGUAGUCGUCAAUGGGUCGACCUCCCAAAUAGUCUUAGACUGUGACUACGACAUCACGGAGUUUGACAAACCGGGAUUAGUCGUGAAGUGGUAUUUCAACAGACAACCUUUCCCAGUGUACCAGUGGAUUCCUUCCAAAGUUCCCCAGGAUCUAGGCAUUCUGAAAGGCCGUCUCAACUUGAAUUACGAAGUCUCAGAAGACCAGUUCUCGAAACACCGCGCCCUCGCCAUCGUCAAUCCCACGACAGACCUGACGGGAGAAUACACCUGCUUGAUCUCGUCCUUUGAGAGCGAAGCCUACAAGAGAAAAAAUCUCAUUAUCUACGCCCCAGCCGAGGACCUAUCGAUGACUUAUAGCAAGCCCAGAGAAGAUAACGUAAUCAUUACUUGCAGAGCGGGAGGUAUCUUCCCGGCCCCCAAUAUUGCUAUCUUCAGGAGUUCUUCUUCAUCGAAAGAAUUUAUCGAGAGCGCAAAAGUAGAGAGCCAGCUCCAUCCCGAGUACGGAUAUUACAACAUAAGCAUCGAGAUCGAGGUCUCGGAUUACGAGCUCGAUUCCGAAACGAUGUUCGAAUGCGUCCUCACGAUUCCAGGCACAGAGUACAGAGUCCAGGAAAAAAUUCUAUACUUUCCAGGACACCUUACAACACCCACUCCUGAAGAGGUUGAGCCAGAAGAUGUUGAGGAGCUUUUAGAGGAAAUGGAAAAUAUUGAGAACGACCAAAGUUUAGAGGAAGAGGGCGAUGGCGGAAACAGUAGGCCUCAUACAGCCGAGAGCGUGUCCAGCGCCGAAAGAGUCCUAAGCAGUUUAAGCUUCUUAUCUGUUUUAGCUAGUCUUCACCUCCUCUUCCUACAUUAAGAGUUCCUCGUUUUUCUUUUCAGUUGAGUGCAUACUGAUUCCCUCCGUGUUCCUCUUAUGAUAUAAACAGAAGAACGCCUGUUCAUCUCAGCAGCUACUGGAAAUGGACUUUUCCGUUUGGUGAAAGAAUAUGAAAAAAAAUUCGAACUGAGUUUUCAGUUCGUCGCUGAAGAGCUUUUGGAUUUUAAGUUUCUACGGCCCACCGAUGUCGCUUUAACUUAGUUUUGCUGGAAAGUUAUAAUAACCGCUGGAACUUUCUAUGGAAGUUACUUAAAAUGUAUGAGAUUUUUUCAAUAUUUGAAAGGAAUUUGAGAGGCUUUACAUACAGCCUUGAAGAGACGAGGCCUCGGCUCUGUGGAUUCAAUUUACCGUUAAAUUUUGAAUAUUAAACCAAAAUCAACAGCAGUAAAGGGUGCUUUUAAGAAUAGAUCUCAACGAUAAAUAAAAAACCCAAGUUUAUAUCAUUUUUUUAUCUAUUGCUUUGUUAUGAAAAACAUCUGUGAGCUUCAGGUUUAUCUUCUUUGGAUCUUCCGGCCUACGAGGAGCGAGUUGCCUUAAGUGACGGAGAAAAAAAAGCAAGAAUCCAUUUAUCUGGAUUCAUUGAGCAAAUGUCCGUAAAGCUAUUUUCACACACGACAAAUAUUUUCGUUGCCGUAGGAAAUGUCUAAUGCCUCCACAUCUUGAAAGUAAUUAACGUUCUUGCAAGCAUUUCUUAGUCAUCACAUUGAAGAACAGAUGGGAAAAAUACUUCACUCGAUAAAUGAAAUAUUCUAGUUGAUAGCCCCGAAAGAAAUACAAAAUAUUUUAAAACAUAUAUAUAUAAAAAUACGAUUUUCUAGUUCUCCGAACGAUCAAUCUUGCUUGGAAGGUUACGUUUUUCAAAGGCAAACCAAGAAAGCUGUCAAUACACAAAUUAAAGCCGCCACACCGAUUUAUUCACAUAACCGAAACGAUAUCAUUGCCCAUAAGCAGCUUGUGUAUUGAUUAAAGCUAUCGUCAUGGCUGUAAAAGUCAUGUCCAGCUUAAUUCAAAGUAUCACUUAUAUCAACAAUCGUCGUCCAAGGUGUGUCUUUUUUUUUUUUAUCUUCUCCACAGCCACGUUCUACGGCAAUUAUGAUAGACGAAAAUAUCGAGUAAAUUGGAUCAUUUCAUCAUGUAAUUUAAAAUCUGCAAUGAGGAUUCUUAUAAUAACACCGGAAACACGAGUCAAUACAUGUAACACAGGAUUAAGAACGAAUUUCUCUUCUUUUUAACGGUUUAAUAAGACUCAGCUUAGUGCGUUCGUCUCUAAAGUGAAAACCCAAACAAGUUUCGUAGAUUGCAGUUUUAUGGUGCUAUUAAUUCUAGGUGAAACUGCCCCUAAGGUAAAAGGAUAUGUGCAGUAUAUUCUUUACUCUUCUUAAGGAUAAAUGGCUUCGGCGGACAAAUGUUUUUUUGAAAUAAAACAACAAACAACAGUUUUGAAUCUUACUGAAUCUUUCUAUGUGCAAGAGUUUAAUUACGAUGUAAAGAUAAAAAGGUUGGUUCGGUUUGAAAAACAUUGCUGAAGGGUUUUUAUGUCUAGAGUCAGUUUAAAAGAAAAUUAACAAAAUUCAAUUGUUUGAAGGCAAAUAUGCGAAAAUGAUCGAAAUAUUCAGACUCAGAUAACAAGGAAAAUUGAUUUACGAAAAUAAUGCUGAAAAGUUACACUCGGUUAAUCAAAUUAUGAAUAAUAGGGCGAAGAGAAAUACGAAUGCCAAUGAAUUCAAUAAAUUCACAGAUUCACACGAAUGCAGAGUAAGACACGACGAUUCAAAGUGAGGGCAUCAUAAUGAUGUUUGUUCAAUAACCUAGAACAUUUAUACUACGAUCACCACAAGCACUAAAAAAAUGUUCCUUUACACGCGAGCCUCCUGAACUGGAUGUGUGAAACACCAACGAGGCUGAUUUACGUCUGGUUUUGAAAAUUCGAGGAAAAUGAGCAGUAUUUAGGUACAUACAUGCUAUGAAUACAAUCUAUUCGACGUUACGUGAAUUCGAUAACGCCGGAAUAACGAUGAAAAAUGUUUUUAAUACCAACCGUAUUUAGGUAUAUAAAAGAAUGGUUAGAAUCCAUAAUAUUUCAGGAAUUCGUAAACAUUUUAAGAAAAAAAUUAUUGACCAAAACAUCGAAAGGACGAUAAAGAAAGAAAUUCAGGGAAACACUUAAGUAACGAUGAAAGUAUGUUUUGAAUUCUACCGUAUUUACGUGUAUAAAAGAAUAAUUAGCAUCCAUAACAAUAUUCCAAAAUCCGUGAACAUUGAUAGAAUUUUUUUUUUUUGAAAAGGAAAUGAAAAGGACGACAAAGAAAGGAAUUCAGGGAGUCCUUCUUCUCGUCUUAUUAGCAAGACAUGAAUAUUGAUGAAACGAUCACAGCGAGAGCGUCCUCAUAACCGGAAUGGUAUAUUGAAUAGAAAUUGCGAUUGCUACUUUCCCAGAUGAAUUGAGGCACACGGGACAACUAAUUAAAUACUUCACAGCUUUAAGACAAGCGGGCAUUUUUCCUUAUUAUUAUUAUUGUUAUUUUAGAAUCUCCUUCGUGGUACAUUAUGCUUUUCUUGUAAAUAAGAUUGAUGAUGAGUGUAAAGUUUUGUACGUAAUACUAUGUAAAUAGGUCACAGUUAUAGAUACAAUUUAUCAAUGUUUUCUGAGCGAUACUAGAGUCCGGACUUUUCAAUUUUGAUUGGCACAAAUCAGUAAAAACGAUGUGAUAAUAGUUUAAUGUGGUUGAAAGUAUAACUUGUUACUGAAGUAUCUCCUUUCGCAAUUAUAUUCGGUCGAGAGAAUCUCGUGGCUAAUCGAUUUUACCAGGGAGUGAUUCCGGAACUGAUUCCCAACUCAGAGUGUUCAGCCAAAACGAGAAAUCCAGUGAAUGUCUUUCAGUAUUGACACUUUCAUUUCUGAUGGCAGACGACCUAAUCACUCUUUCUAUGAUGUAAACAUUGACCUAGUCAUUUCUGUCAGUACUACUAUGUCCUGUGGCAAAGUGAGCGAUUGUGAUUUGUACAUAUAUUAUAUAUACAUAUAUAUAUUCUACAACGUCAUGAUGCCUUAAGAUCUAGCUAUUUUACAGUUACAAAUAAUAUUAGAGUAUAUCUGGAAGAAAAUAAAGCCAUUUAUCGUGACAAUCGCUCACUUCCGCUGCACUAGAUACCUAUAUUAUUAUGACUACUAUGCUAGUGUAAAUGGUGUGUAUUAUAUUGUUUGAAAUUAUAAUAUUUCUAAUAAAA